AUGGGAGCAUUGGUUUCUGAUACAGGAUUGUCAGGUCCCAUCAGUUCACUUGUCACAAUAGGACAAACCGUCAUAAUUCUCAACAAGCCGGAGGUGGCAUUUGAUCUGAUGGAGAAGCGAUCGGCCAUUCACUCAUCACGGCCACAGGGUGUGUUUAGUGCUGACUUAGUCAACUGGAAGCGCGCGGUGACCAUCAGCGGCGAUGCAUCUAUGGUUCGUACACACCGAAAAUACAUAACGAACUUACUAGGAUCAAAAAAUGCCAUCUCAACCCUACAUCCUCAGCUUGACCUCGGGGCCAGGCAAUUCUUAUUGCAAACGCUUCAGCGCCCAGACUCUCUAAUUGAGAAUAUUCGACGUAUUACUGGAGCGAAGAUACUAGACAUAGUCUAUGGGUACAAGGUCGCGCCGUCUGGACCAGAUUCUCUCGUCGAUAUGGCCGAGCGUUCUGGCAUUCAAUUCUCCAGCGCAGUACAGCCUGGAAUGUGGGCUGUUGACAGUGUCCCUAUAUCGGAAAAGCCUUAUGCAUUCGUCCUUCACCAACGAAGCAAGGGAAAGGGCGUGGAUUCAUAUGUCUCCAGGCAUUUGGACGCACUGGGUAGACCUGUCACACCGGAGGAGGAAUCUGUGAUUAAAUGGACAGCAGCCAUCAUAUAUGGCGCUGGUGCAGAUACCACCGUCUCGGCACUGUCAACUUUCUUUCUUGCCAUGGCCAAAUUUCCAGAUAUCCAGCGCCAUGCCCAGGCGGAGCUCGAUCUCAUGGUAGGGUCAAGACUUCCCACAAUGGCCGACCGUCCGAAUCUUCCGUAUGUGGACGCUCUCAUGAAGGAGGUUAUGCGUUGGCAUCCUGUUGCGCCUUUAGCGGUUCCACAUAUGUCCACAGAAGAUGAUGAAUACUGUGGCUAUCGCAUUCCAAAGGGGGCGGUUUUGAUUGCAAACAUCUGGUCAUUUACACACGAUCCAGAAAUUUAUAAUGAACCGAUGUCAUUCAAUCCUGAUCGAUUCUUGCAACACGAGAAUGGCAUUGCUCCCGAGUGCGAUCCUCAAAAGUUUGUCUUUGGAUUCGGGCGCCGGAUCUGUCCUGGUCGUUUUCUCGCCGAGGCAAGCCUCUUUCUCACUAUUGCAAAGUCACUCUCAGUUUUCGAUAUUACGAAAGGCCUCGGAGUGGAUGGCAAGGAGAUGGAUCUCCCAGCUGAGUUCUCAACUGGUGUUAUCAGCCACCCAUCCCCAUUCCGUAUCCAGGUUCGACCUCGCAGUGAACACGCCCAGGUGCUAAUUAGGUCCGUUGAGGCGGAGGAACCGUGGUUGAAGGGGGAUUCGGAGGUGUUUGAUGAUAUUAAGUUGUAA